GUCAAUCACGCCUGGAAAUUAUUUUGGGACGUGACAUUAGAGCUGCGGAGUUUCGCUGCUGGUGAUACCGAAUUAAGUCAAAAUUAUUACUACCAAUAACAUACACCUACUUAGCGCAGUUAACCAACUUUUUUUUAUUUUGUCGAUUUUUUCUUAGAGUUUAUUAUGUUUAUACUAGUUUUGUAGAUUUUUUAAAAAAACACAAUUGAUCUAAGUAAUGGAUUACUUACGUCAAAAAUUCAAACUUGGAAGACCACCAACUAAGGAUUCUCCCCCGGAUUUGCCAUUUUCCCACACUGGUACAUCAUAUAUGUGUUGACUAUUCCACACGUUCAUUAUCGAAUUUGCAAGUCGGCGGUUAUUGGGCAUCGGAAAAUGGUUUUCCCAUGGAGCCGAUUGGGAGUAUUGUUUUUACUUUACCUGCUCUUAUCCCCCUGUUGCCUUUCCAAUUCCUUUCCCUUUCCUUUUUCAAAGAGGAAGCACCACAAAAUCAAUGGACCCAUCAAAACUCUAGUCGUUUUGGUGAUGGAAAACCGAUCAUUUGAUCACAUAUUAGGUUGGCUUCACAAGAGCCGGCCUGACAUAACUGGGUUGAAUGGGUCCGAGUUUAACAGGGUGAAUGCUUCGGAUCAUUCUUCCUCAAAAAUCUUCGUGUCUGAUGAUGCUGUCUUCGUUGACUCUGACCCAGGCCAUUCCAUUCAAGCUAUUCGGGAGCAGAUAUUCGGGUCGAAUGAUUCUUCUGCAAACCCAGCUCCGAUGAAUGGGUUCGUACAGCAGGCUAUUAAUAUGGGCGUUCCUGGUAUGGAGCAGACCGUGAUGAGCGGAUUUAAACCGGAAUUACUACCGGUUUACACCGAACUAGCGAACGAGUUUGGGGUUUUUGACCGGUGGUUCGCUUCAGUUCCGGCUUCAACUCAGCCGAAUCGCUUUUAUGUUCACUCGGCAACUUCAUACGGAGCUUCAAGUAAUGUCCGCAAAGACUUGAUCCAUGGCUUCCCUCAAAAGACUAUCUUCGAUUCGUUGGACGAAAAUGGCCUCUCAUUUGGAAUUUAUUACCAAAAUAUCCCAGCUACCUUAUUUUUCAAGUCACUCAGAAAACUCAAACAUAUUUUUAAGUUCCAUAGUUAUGCAUUAAAGUUCAAACUCCAUGCUCGACUUGGGAAACUACCAAAUUACGUUGUUAUUGAGCAGAGAUACUUUGAUGUUAAAAUUGACCCAGCAAAUGAUGACCAUCCAUCACACGAUGUAGCACUUGGACAGAAAUUUGUCAAGGAGGUGUAUGAGACAUUGAGGGCAAGUGUACAGUGGAAAGAAAUGGCACUGUUGAUUACGUAUGACGAACAUGGUGGCUUCUUUGAUCAUGUACCAACUCCCGUUUCUGGAGUGCCUAAUCCUGAUGGCAUUGUCGGCCCUCCACCAUAUUACUUUAGAUUCGACCGGUUGGGGGUGCGUGUCCCCACUUUCUUGAUUUCACCAUGGAUUGACAAGGCCACUGUGAUCCAUCAGCCAACGGGUCCAACCCCAUCUUCACAAUUUGAGCAUUCUUCGGUACCAGCGACUGUGAAAAAACUUUUUAAUCUGAAAUCAAGUUUCUUAACCAAGCGAGACGCAUGGGCUGGGAGCUUUGAGAACUAUUUCCGCUUGCGUAAGACUCCUCGUGAUGAUUGUCCAGAGAAACUUCCCGAGGUGAAGACCAAUCUAAGACCAUGGGGACCAAGAGAAGAUGUAAAGCUCUCUGAAUUUCAAAUAGAAAUGAUCCAGCUUGCUUCACAGCUUAAUGGUGAUCAUGUUCUCAAAAGCUACCCUGAUAUUGGACGGAACAUGAAUGUUGGUGAAGCUAAUCAAUACGUAGAGGAUGCAGUCAAUAGGUUCUUGGAAGCUGGUAGGGCUGCUCUGAGAGCUGGAGCAAAUGAGUCUGCUAUUGUUGCAAUGAGACCUGCUCUCACUAGCCGAGCAUCAGAUGAAGGAUUCAACAACCACUUAGAAGCCUGCUAAUCUUAUUUAGGGAUCGUGUAAGUACUGUCUGUAUAUAUUAUAUUGUUAUAAUCCACGUCUUACAUAACAAAACUUCUUGCUAGCCAUCAAUUGUGUCCUUCCAAGGAUAAAUUUAUCAUAUAUUCAGUCUUGAGAGUUGCUCGUUUCAAAAAUUAGGAAGUCUUUUCUUUUUAAUGUUGGGACGGUAAUUGCUAUCGCUUGAUAGUCAUUUUAGCCUCGUGUGCUGCUAUGAAUCCCAUCUUUGUGCGA